AUGGCGACAUGCAUGUCGUCACGGGCAUCGCCAGCAACCCAACCUGCGUCGGGCGGACCCAUGUCUAACAGGCUCGGGCCUUCGCCGAGCUUUGUUCUCUCAAUCGACAUGUUUGACGCGGCGAAAAGCUGGCAGCAGCAGCCGCAUCCGCAUCCGCAUGCGCAUGCGCCACCGAAACGAGCGACUUUCACGGCGGUGAAAAAAUCCGCAAAUGCCACCCCGACGGCGGGAAACAGCGCUCCGAAGAGCGCAGCAUGCGCGGCCUCCGCGUCCGCCGCCACCUCCGUCGGCGGCGGGCCCGCUGGCGGCGUCAGCUCCGCGCCGUUCCACCUCGGAAUUCUCUCCUCGGGCGGCGAACGCAUUUGCCCGAUACCGAGCGUGGACUGGCGGGAGGCGGCGCGCAAGGCGGAAGAGACGCGCAUGCUGGCCAGCGAGGUUUGCCCCAUUCCCGCGCAGAACUGGCGAAAAGACGCCCCCCCUCGCGCCGCCGAAACCCGGAAUAGUACACUAUCGUCCACCCCAGCGGCGGCGGAGCGAGAAGCUCCAGGAACGGGUUCGCCUUCCGCUGCGGAGCGAGAGGGACGGAGCGAGAGUCCCAGCAGCGGCAGUACUACCAGGCCGACGGCGAAGAAGCAUCAGACUCCCGUGCAACGAGGGAAUCAUCUCACGGCCGCCAGCCGUCACAAUGCCUCGAAGACGGCGGCAGCAGCCGGCGGCCUUUCCGUGACGAUCGAAGAUGCGUCAUCUGAGGACUCCUUCGCACGCUCCACGAUCGAAGAAUACUCCGACACUGAGUUUAAGUCUGUGUCGCUGCCAUGCUCCGUGGCUCCAAUGCGAGUCGGGAUUCUCUCCGCGCAGUCGCAGCAGCUCCGGGAGAACGCGGCGUUUGGUUCCGCGGUCUCGCCGGCGGCCUCCCCCACGCCGUCCGCGUGCUCCGCGCGCUCCUCCGUCAUCUCGUCCUUCUCGAUUGCGCGCCGCUCCUCCUUCUCCUCCUCCGCUUCCAGUUCCGCCGGCGGCAGCAGUAUUAGCAGCGGCGGCGGCGGCUACGGCGACUUCACGCCGCCCAUCUCCCGCUGCAGCACGCUCCUGGGGAGCGCGAGCAGCACCAUUGACGAGAACGACGUGCCGUCGUUCGCGCCGAAGGCGGAGAGAGAUGCAACGCCGUCGUAUCUCCUCUCGUCCCGCCCAAAAUCCCCGCAACGACGGUCGUCCGCCGAUUACCACCGCGGCGACGAGGACGGCGGCGCGGCGAUUUCCCGCGUGUGCACGGCGCCGUCCGUCGCGGAAGGUGGCAGAUCGCGCCCGCCGCGGCUCGUGACGGAACGCCUGCGCCUCGGCCUUCCGAGCCGCACGUCCUCGCUGCCUCUAGUAGGAGGCCUCGACUCCCCUACCGCCUCCUCUGCUAACUCUCCUGCCACGAACGACAUGACUGGCACGACUGUCACGACUGGCAUGGCGCGUACGAGAAUGAGCGGUCAUUCCGUGCCGAAAUGCUCCUCUCUGGCAAAUGAUGGUGCACCUGCGGGGUUACAAUCACCUGUGUCUCGAACCACAUGGGAGCACAUGCGAGGACGGACAGUGGCAGCAGCAGCAGGUGUGAAGGAGCAAGGGGGCGAGGAUCUAGAGACAGAUGGGGAGGAGACGAGAGGGCAGCAUUGGCAUGACGAGGACGGUAUGGGCGAGGCGGAACGAGAAUCGCAAGUCGUUACUGAGUCGGCCUGCCUGAACUGGGAAGAUGUCGAGGAGCUGUGUCAUCGCAUGGACAUAGCAGGCAUCCGCAUAGAAACCCUGGACAUCCAACCAGUGAAUGAUGACACCCAUCCUCCAUCGCAGGCUCAACAAGGGUCAUCAAACCUGCACCAUGCUACCGAUAAGGCUCACACAGGCACGACUGCAGCAGCAGCCUCCUGUUAUUCCUUUGCUGGCCGCUCUGGGCCAAUGUCUGUUGGUACAGACAUGACAGGACUAAAUGGCGGGGAUUCGUGUGCAGGUGCGGCAUCAGUGGUGGCACUGAAGUUCAGCGGCAUGCACAUGUGGUAUUAUCCUGGAGACAAUGUGAAGCCACUCUUUCGGGACGCCGUGCAGUGGCCGUCGCAUGCUUCGCCGGUCGCCGCAUGCGGGGUGUCGCCAGCCCGAUGCGGCCCUUCUGCCGCGUCCUCCUCCCGUGCGACUUCGCACCUUCGCUCCGAGUUCGUCGCGUCGCGAUCGGCGAUCUCUCGCCGCGUCCAGGACUCCUCCCGAAGCGUCGCACGUCGCGCGCGAUCGUCGCCUGCGACGUCGCCCACGUGCUCGCUGCCGUCGCUGGAGGACACCCCUGCGACGCCCAUAUUUACGAGUGACGGUUCAGUCGCCGCCUUCCCCGCAGCGUCGGGCAUCUACGCAAUCUACGAUAAAGAAGGCGCGCUGCAGUACAUGGGGCUGUCGCGGCGGCUGGCGGCGAGCCUGCAGGCGCACGCGGAGGACCUGCCUGAGAUGUGCGGCGCUGUCAAGCUUGCGGUGGUAGCUGCGACCAACAAGGAAGCUCUGGUGGAGGCGUGGAAGGCGUGGAUGCAGGAGCAUGUGGCGGGCACGGGCAAGGUGCCUCCGGGCAACGAGAGCGGCAACAGCACGUGGACCACACGGCGCGUGAAGCGCGUCAAGCCUGAUCUCCGCAUCGUGCCGGGGCCUCAUGUCAAGCUCACCAUCCCGCUCAGCGAGCUGAUUGACAAGCUGGUGAAGGAGAACCGGGUGGUGGCAUUCAUCAAAGGCACGCGCACGUCCCCCCAGUGCGGCUUCUCGCACCGGGUGCUGACGCUGCUGAACGAGGCACGUGUGGACUACGAGACACUCAACGUGCUGGACGAGGACCACAACCCGGGCAUCCGCGAGGGCAUCAAGGAGUACAGCCAAUGGCCCACCAUUCCGCAGAUAUUUGUGAACGGGGAGUUCAUCGGAGGGGCGGACAUUCUCGAGGAGAUGGCACAGUCUGGCGAGCUCAAGGACGUGCUGGCCGCGCCCAAGCAACAGACUGCCGCCUAG